AUGACUUCUCAUGCUUUUGGUGCCUUCAUUGAGGUGGAUUCUUCCACCAGCAAUGGCAAGACAUCAGAACAUGUGAUUCCUGUCGCGCCUCAGAAAGCACUUCCCAGGAUUUACCACUCUAUGCCUCAUACGCCGAGUGAAAUUGAGUUGGAUACUAUUCAGUGGGGAGAAAGGCUUAAUGGCCCAUCAAAAUCGGGCACCUCGACGCCUACGGGAUAUCAGACCCCUCGAACACCAUUCGACAUUGAAAGUAGACCUGUAUCUCCUGUUCACGAAGUGGAAGCUAUGCAGAGCUUCUCAAAUCCACCCAUGAAUCGGUUUCGACUAUUGGCAGUGUGUUUGAUGAAUUUUGGCAAUGGCUUGAACGACUCGGCUCCCGGUGCCCUCAUUCCGUACUUAGAAACACACUAUAACAUCGGUUAUGCAAUUGUGUCUUUGAUCUUCGUUACAAACGCUGUUGGUUUCAUUUCAGCUGCCUUCUUUGUCGAUGCCAUUCGAGCACGCUUUGGCCGAGCGAAGACACUCAUGAUUGCACAAUCCUUAAUGGCUACUGGCUAUAUACCUAUCGUUUGCACGCCACCUUUCCCUGUUGUCGUUGCCUCGUUCUUCUUUCUCGGGGUGGGUAUGGCGAUCAAUCUAGCCAUAUCUAACGUCUUUGCCGCCAAUCUUCACAACAGCACGAAAAUGCUGGGCUCCAUGCAUGGGUCAUAUGGUAUAGGAGGUACCAUCGGUCCGCUCAUGGCAACUGGCAUGGUAGCAACCGGUCACUUGAUGUGGAGUCGGUUUUAUCUUAUUACACUCGGCGUCACUCUCUUCAAUCUCGCCUUUGCAGGAUGGUCUUUCUGGCACUAUGAGGAAGAAUCUGGCCAUACCCUUUUGACUACUCUCGAACAAACCACUUCUCGUACUCAAAACGCACAACCAGCACAAAAGACCGGCAUGUUCACUAGCAUGGGAAAUGCACUGAAAUCCAAGACAGUUAUCCUAGGAUCCCUAUUCAUUUUUGCUUAUCAAGGAGCAGAAGUCUCUAUUUCCGGUUGGGUUAUCUCUUUCCUCAUCACCUUCCGGAAUGGUGAUCCUGCAUCUGUUGGAUAUGUCACUGCUGGUUUCUGGGCUGGAAUCACUCUCGGACGCUUUUUGCUCUCCCACCCCGCCCACAAAAUUGGAGAAAAGGUCUUCGUCUAUGGCGUUGUCGUUGGGGCUGCCGCUUUUCAACUUUUGGUAUGGCUCGUUCCAAACGUGAUCGGAAAUGCUGUAGCUGUGUCAAUUGUUGGACUCCUGCUUGGACCGGUCUAUCCUUGCGCGACAGUCAUAUUCUCCAGAGCGAUCAACCGUAAAGAUCAAGUCAGCAGUUUGAGCGUCAUUAGUGCUUUUGGGAGUUCGGGUGGUGCAGUAGCUCCCUUCACGACUGGUAUUUUGGCACAGGCUGCCGGUACUUUUGUUUUGCAUCCUAUUGCUAUCGGGCUUUUUGGGAUCAUGCUGAUCUGCUGGUUCUGCUUGCCAAACCCAAGGAAGCGUACUGAGUAG